CAGCCAUGAAUACAAUCCUCAUUCUCUCAUGGCCAUUCUUCUCCUCUCCCUCCCUCCUCACCCACCAAACCCUAAACCCAAAAUCCCCUACCCCACAACCCCAAAACUCACUUCAAAGCUCACCAUCACCAACAACAACACAGUUCCCACUUCCAAAAGAGACUUAAUCCUCAAGACCACUUCCAUCUUCCUCAUGUCUUUGAUCCCUCAACAAUACCCAACUGCCCAUCCCUCAUCUGAAGCUUCAACUCCCCCAAAAUCAAUUCUUUCUGGCAUUUCCAACACCAAAAGUUGGUUCCAGUUUUAUGGUGAUGGGUUUUCCAUUAGGGUCCCUCCCCAGUUUGAGGACAUCAUGGAGCCUGAGGAUUAUAAUGCUGGAUUGUCCCUUUAUGGAGAUAAGGCAAAGCCCAAGAUCUUUUCGGCACGUUUUGCAUCUUCCGAUGGAUCUGAGGUAUUGAAUGUUGUUAUUAAACCUUCCAAUCAGUUCAAGAUCACUUUUCUAGAGGCCAAAGACAUAACGGAUUUAGGCUCCUUGAAGGAGGUGGCAAAAAUAUUUGUUCCAUUUGGAUCAACAUUAUACUCGGCCCGAACACUAAAAAUAAAAGAAGAAGAAGGUUUUAGGACGUAUUAUUUCUACGAGUUUGGUAGAGAAGGACAGCAUGCAGCACUAGUAGCAGCUGUUAGCAGCGGAAGGACGUAUAUUGCUGGAGCAACAGCCCCACAGUCCAAGUGGGAUGAGGACGGCGUAAAGCUUCGUUCUGCUGCUGUAUCUAUGACUGUUUUAUAGUCUCAUAAGCAGGCUGAAAGGUGGGUGCCGGUUAUAAGUUAUGGAGCGGUAUACAGUUCUAGAGUCGAUCUUUGGCAUGGUUUAAAGCCAACUUCCAUGUUAGGCAGAUAGCUUGGAUUUCAAAUUCAGUUGAGAGCUUCCUAUAAUUCUUCAGACUGUAUGAGGGCAUUCCUCUCGAUUUUGAUAGUAAAACACUACAUUCAGUUUCUAGUGUACGUUUUACGAAUUACGAGGGCAUUCCUCUCGAUCACCCCAUGACUAAAGUUAAUUACCUGAUAUUCAACUCUUUGGUUUUUUUUUUUCACUAGGGAAAACGGGGAUCUAAUAGGGAUACAGCUAGGAGACUUGGCCACCAAGGCAGGAUCACCCGAUGACGAGUUCUCCUUAAAGUUAGUUUCCUAAUUAAACCCAAGAAAGAUUAAACAAGAAAACGGAAUGCGGCAAGGAAAAUCAGUGCAGCCGUACCUUUACGCAUACGAGUGAGUUGAGGCUUGAGACUAUGGCAGGAAAAUCAUAGUCUGUUCUACCGACUGAUCUUGUUCGUGAUCUUGUUCGUCUUACUGCAGUCUGCAAAACUUGGUAGCAGCCUGCCCUUGAUCAUCUUCGACGGCGUCCCCGAGACGACCUACCAUGGAUAAUUUCCUUUGAUCAGGGAAAAUUUAUUGAAUUGGAUCUUUAUGAUCCGUGGCUCAAGAAAUCUUACUCUCUAGCAAACGCCAUAACACGAGAUGGUUUAAAGAAAGUACUACUUGGCACUAGUGCUCAUGCUUCGCAAUAUGGUUGGUUGCUUUUGUCAAAACAAGAGGUAGAGAAGUCGGAUGGUUCUCGAGCGUUAUAACCUUUUUCUUUUAUAAUCCUUUUCGAUCGUAAUGAGAUUAUCGAACUACCUUUAGAUCUCAACAGGGAAACAUGAAUCGAAAGCCAUGUUUUCGACCACUCCAACUUCUCCUGAUUGUGUUAUCUUUGUCCUGAGUAAAGUGCACGUUGCUAGAAG